GUUGGUGGGAUGUAGGUUUCUUUAUUAAAAGUUUGUAUUCUUGUGUUCAUUACUUACCGAAAUUGUGUUAAAGUUUCUUUAUUAAAGUAGGAUUCAUACUUGGUGAUGUUUGUGUUAGUGGCUCUACACUUUGGUUUAUAUAUGUAUAUAUUGAAUCUGGGUUUGGUGGGAUGUAGGGUUUCUUUAUUGAAAGUUUGUCUUCUUGUGUUUAUUACUUAGGGAAAUUGUGAUUAAAAUAGGAUCCAUUAAAGUAUGAAAUAUCACUGCUGCCUAGCUAUCUGCAUGUGGACCAAACAGUGCAUCCUGAGUUAUUCACAAUCAAGAUGUACCAUGGUGGAAUUAUUAGGGAGAAUAAAUAUGUAGGAGGAAAGAUCAGCUACUAUGAUAAUGUGGACAAGGACAAGAUGUCCCUAAUUGAGGUGGAUUCUAUGGUGAGAGGGGUAGACCCUGCGUAUGCUGGAAAGAGGAUAGACUACUGGUAUUCAAUAGGGAGUGAAGAUGAUGCUCUGACCAAGCUUUCCACAGACUUUGAUGCCAUACAAAUGUGUUGUUGUGUACCUCAAAUCAGGUUGGUAGUUAUCUACUUAGAUAAUUUAGAUCUUCAUGGUGACUACCAAUCUGAUACAGAUGAUGUAGAGAUGUUUGAUAAUGAACCAACUGCAUGGGGGUAUAGUCAAGUUGGUUCAUCAGGGGUGUUGAUUGAAGAACUUCAUGAUUCACCAAGGAGGAAAUGCUCUGUAAAGAUCGAAGAGUUGCCAGAUUCACCUAAAAAGAACCCUGAAGUUUUGAAAGGAGAUCCAAAGUUAGGGAGAAGGGUUAAAGUAUGUGUAAACAAAAAAAAGGCAGUGGGAAUUGUGAUUAGAGAGGUGGAAGAAGAGGUUCCAACUCAAGCAAGCAAGGCUCCAGUGUGUGACAGCAAAGACAAAGGUAAACAGAAAGUUGAUUUUGAGCAAGAACAAGAAGAUUAUAAAGCUGAGAUUUUUGAAGGCUUAGUAGACAUAGAUGUGAUCAGUGAAGAUGAUGCUAGUGAAGAUGCAGACUAUGAACCAUGUAGGGAUGAUGAAGACUAUGCUAACUAUGGUGUUGAUGAUGACUGGUUGGAUUAUGUGGAAUGUGAAGAGAAUGAAGAGACUGUUGAGAAUCAUGAGGAAGCUACUGCAUCUGUAGGAACAAGUGCUGCAAAAAGGAAGGGAAAGAAGAAAAAGCAAGCUAGUGUUGGAACAAAUGUUGAUAUAGAUGAGAACAUAGAGGUUGAAGAUAAUGAGCCAAUGUAUGGGGCUAUGGAUUCUGAUGAAGAGGGGAUUGGACAUGAAGCAAACUCAGAUGAUGAGGGAGAUGAUAUGCAGAGGUUUCCAGAGUUCAACCCCAAGACAGACAUGGGGAACCCUCAGUUUUGUAAGGGUAUGAGGUUUGCAUCUGCUAAGAUACUGAGAGCUGCUGUAAGAGAAAAGGCAAUAAAAAAGGGUUGGGAGGCUAUGUUUGUGAAGAGUGAUAGAGUAAGAGUUAGGGUGAUUUGUAAAGCAGAAAACUGCCCUUUCGAGCUGUAUGCCUCUAAGAUGCAGCAUGAAGACACUAUAAUGAUCAAGACAUACAAUACUGAACACAACUGUGCAAGAGUGCUAGAUAAUAGCAUGGUUAGGACCCCUUAUCUGACUGAAAAGUUUAUUGAUCAGAUAAAGCUCAACCCUGAUUGGUCUACAGAUUCUCUAGCCCAAACUAUGUCAGCAAAAGUGCAGGCAAGAGUCUCAAUUCAGCAAGCAUAUAGAACCAAGAAGGCUGCAUUGAGUAUACUUGAGCGCUCACAUGCAGAACAGUAUUCCAGGGUCAAGGACUACACAACAGAGUUGAAGAGGGUUGAUCCAAACACGACUGUGGACAUUAAGUGCGACUUCAACAACCCUGGCCAUCAACCAGUUUUCAAGAGGAUGUAUGUGUGUCUUGGUGCACUGAAGAUGGGAUUUAAAGCAGGUUGUAGGUCAUUGAUAGGACUAGAUGGUUGUCAUCUGAAGAGUCCUUAUGGAGGCCAGCUUUUGUCAGCUGUUGGAGUGGAUGCUAACAAUAGUACUUGGGUAGUGGGUUAUGCAAUGGUGGAGCAGGAGUGUAAGGAUAGUUGGAUAUGGUUUCUAGAGUUGUUGGCUAAUGACUUGGACAUUAAGAGUGAUGGAGCUGGGUGGACCUUUAUAUCUGAUAAGCAAAAGGGCCUGCUACCAGCAUUUGAGGUGGUUUUGCCAAGUGCAGAGCACAGGUUCUGUGUUAGGCAUUUAUGGACGAAUUUCAACAAGAAGUUUCCAGGGAAAGCAUUGAAGGACCAACUAUGGGCUAUUGCUAAGUCAACCACAUUGGCUUACUUUACCAAGGAAAUGGUCCUAAUGAACCAAAUGGAGCCAGGGGCUUAUAACUAUCUAACAAAGCCUGAAAGACCAGCAAAGCACUGGUCUAGGUCACAUUUCAACACAGUGCUUAAAUGUGACAUUCUGCUCAACAACCUCAGUGAAAGCUUUAAUGCCUUCAUACUGCCUGCAAGAGUCAAACCUGUUAUCAGCAUGUUUGAGGAAAUAAGGAUCAAGUUGAUGAAGAGGAUUCACAUUAGGAGGGACAAGAUGAUGAAGGUUCAAGAUCCAAUCUGCCCCAAACCAAGAGAAAUACUGGAGAAGAACAAAGUGAAAGCUGCCACAGACUGCAUUCCAUAUGGUUCAGGUAGCCCAAAAAUCGAAGUGGAAAGUAUUGGAGGAGCUAGAUAUAUAGUUGAUAUUGAGAGGAGGAGUUGUGCUUGUAGGAGAUGGGAUUUGAGUGGGAUCCCUCAUCCACUUCAUGAGGGAAAAACCUGAGGAUUAUGUACACCCUUGCUACUGGACAAAGACAUACUUGGCCACUUACUCAAACACCAUCAGCCCUGUAAAUGGAAUGGAUCUUUGGGAACGGUCUAAUGAUGCUGCAAUUCUUCCUCCUCAGUAUAACAGACAGCCUGGUAGGCCAAAAACCAAGAGAAUUAAGGAUGCUUCAGAGAAAGCUACUGAGGGAACAAAGCUCGGAAGGGUCCAGAAAUCAUUGAAGUGUAGCAGAUGUGGGAUUUUGGGGCACAAUGUCAAGACCUGUCAUAGGCACUUGCCACCUAAGGAGAAGAUAAGCAAAAAGAGGAAGCUAGACAGUGGAAAGGACACCACUAAUCAAUUCAAGGCUAAGGGUACCAAAAAGCCUCCUCUGACAAAGAUUGAGCUUAGGGACAAAGUUUUACAGAAAGCAGAAAAGAUGAAGAAUAAGAGGGAUGCACAUAAGGCAGCAGCUUUUGCUGCUGCAAAAACAACCACUGCUAAGCAACAACAAAGUCGAGCACUGCUUCAACCACUACACAAGCUGCUAGAGCAAACAGUAAAGCUUCUACCUCUGCAAAGUCUUCAACACCAACAAGAUCAUCACAGAGGAUUAGAGCUGGAAAGGAGGCAUGAAAAUAGACCUAGGAGGCUGAGAUUAGCAAGCCAGGUUAUUUUAUAUUGAUUGAUGAAAUGUUGCAUUAUUUUGUGCAACCUUGUGCUGUGUCACAAGGUUGCUGGGUCUAAUCUUUUGUUAUGAUGAUUAGAGCUAAUCUGGACAAAGCAACUAUUUCCAACUUUUUUGUUGUUGUUUUGAUGCGAAACAGUGAAAUGCAUCUUAUUGGCUGCUAAUUCUUAAGACAAUGUCAGUAUUACUCCUAUUAUUAAUGAAGAGCAGGUUGUGUUAUUUUACUACUUUUUAAA